AUGAGAGCGACCUCCACCAUGGUGUGGGUGCGGAUAAUAGAUGAGAAUGACAAUGCCCCUGUCUUCGCUGCGAGGGAGUACGUGACUGUUCUCACUGAGGGUCCAAACACUGUAGGGUCCACCAUUGCCACUGUUACAGCCACUGACCCUGAUGAGGGACUCAACGGCACUCUGCGCUAUGCCAUCACCCUCGGCAACCUGGCUGAAACAUUCAGCAUUGGUUCUACUACGGGCCGGAUAGUGGUGAUGAAGGAGUUGGACUUUGAGAUUAGCAGUGGACGCUACACACUGGUCAUCACUGCUACUGACCAAUGCCCAAUACCACAACUCAGACUGACAUCUAGUGCCACUGUGCUGGUGAACGUGAUAGAUGUGAAUGAUGUGACCCCGCAGUUCCCCCGGCCCUUUGAGGGUCCGUUUGAGAUCACUGAGGGUCAGCCUGGACCCCGGGUCAGCACCGUUAAAGCUAGUGAUGAGGACUCGGGCCUCAAUGGAAAAGUGGAGUACAGCAUCACAGCUGGAGAUCCAAACAAUGAGUUCAUUGUGUCUCCUGUGGAGGGGGAGCUGAGAGUGAGAAGAGAUGUUGAACUGGAUAGAGAGACUACGGCCUAUUACAACAUCACCAUCACUGCUAGAGACCUGGGAACACCAUCACGGAGCAGCACGGUGAUGGUGGGGGUUCAGGUGUUGGACAUUAACGAUAACGACCCUGUGCUUCUCAACUUGCCCUUGAACACCAGUGUAAGUGAGGGAGCAUCUGUACACACGUCCAUCGCCCGCGUCCAAGCGCAGGACGCAGACAGCGGCCGUAAUGCUCUCCUCACCUACAACAUCACAGCAGGCAACCCGGACGGAGCCUUCUACAUCAACGAAACUGUGAGAGGGGAGGGAGGGAGGUUUCAUUCGGCUUAG